AUGAGCGGAAUAGACUUCGAUGAGGAGUUCAUAUCUCCUAGCCGAAUGAAUCCUUUCACGGACCUUGGAUUUACAGAGAACAUUCCAAAUUCUUCGACGGCAUCUACCGCUGACUCCUUCCAAAGGUCUAAUAGUAUAGAAAGCGAAGCGUCGUCAGGUUUUGGAGGAUCGAAUGGGCUCACGAAGCAAGAAUGCGAAGAAACUACAUGCCAGCAUCAAGAUCUUCUCGAGCUUCUAGAAAGGCUUCACGCAGAAAUAGCUUUGAAAGAUUGUCGUCUGCGGGACGUUGAAGAAUAUAUGGACAGGCUGAUCGCUCGAGUGAUGGAACACAAUCCUGAGCUGUUGGCUGCUCCAAUCUGUGGAAAUACGCCUCCCAAUCAUGAGUCCAGUUCCGAAUCUUCCCUCGAUGCGUAG